CUGAUUGGUCCCCUAAGCUCCUGGUUCCCGGAAGGCGGAAGAGGCUCGGCGCUGGUGAGCUGGCUGCUGUUGUGGCACAAUGAUUGGGGACCUGUUAUUAUUCGGGACAUUGCUUGUCAAUGCAGGAGCUGUGUUGAACUUCAAACUAAAGAAAAAAGAAUCCCAAGGAUUUGGUGAUGACCCUGCAAAAGCAACUACAGGAGACAACAUUCGUGAAUUCCUGCUCAGCCUUCGAUACUUCCGGAUCUUCAUUGCUUUGUGGAACAUUUUUAUGAUGUUUUGUAUGAUUGUGUUAUUUGGCUCAUAAUUGUGACAAAUAGUGCUCACUGGACUAAGUGGAUUUUCUACACCAGAUAUGUCCUUUACGUCCCCCUCUCUGCCACCAGGCAUAUUUCUGUAAAAAGGUUCAAGUCUGUUUGUAAAUACUGUCUUUCUGUAUACUUGUAAAUAAAAGAUAAGUUGUGACUUGAAUAGCCAAAAUAGCUCUGGGUUUAAAAUUAUAAAGCAAAAGGUUGUUCUAGAAUCUAGCUUGAAACAUUUUAAAAGCUAAUUCGGAUCUCAUAAUCUGCAAGGUUACUUUCACACAGACAGUUUGGGAGGAAACCGACUUUACACCCAGCUGCCUCUGAUCCAGUACUCCCAAACAGAAGGGGACACAGUCCUGGCAGUCCUUAUUGGACUUGGAAUUCUGCAUUCUUUUGUCAUGGUACGCCAGGAAUCGGAAUCUGUAGAAAUAAAAUGGCAAUCCAGUCAUUAAUAAAUUGAUGCAGCUUUAA